GGGAGAGAGGCUGAGGAUGGCAGUGUCUGGGGCCCUGCCCACUGGCUUCGGGGAGCUCGAGGUGCUGGCUGUGGGGACAGUGCUGCUGGUGGAAGCGCUCUGCGGUCUCAGCCUCAACGGCCUGACCAUCAUCUGUUUCUGGAAGAUCCCGGAGCUGCGCACACCCAGCCACCUGCUCGUGCUGAGCCUGGCUCUGGCGGACAGCGGGCUGAGCUUCAAUGCCUUCAUCGCGGCCGUGUCCAGCCUCCUCCGGCACUGGCCUCCCGGCUCCGGACGCUGCCAGGCUCUUGGCUUCCAGGGCUUUGCGACGGCACUGGCCAGCAUCAGCAGCACCGCGGCCCUCGCCUGGGGCCGCCACCAGCACUACUGCACACGCAGCCAGCUGACGUGGAGCACGGCUAUCCCCCUGGUGCUCUUCGUGUGGCUGUCUUCAGCCUUCUGGGCAGCGCUGCCCCUCCUGGGCUGGGGCCAUUAUGACUAUGAGCCCCUGGGGACCUGCUGCACCUUGGACUACUCCAAGGGGGACAGGAACUUCAUCAGCUUCCUCUUCACCAUGGCCUUCUUCAACUUCCUCGUCCCCCUCUUCAUCACCCUUACUUCCUCCCAGCUCAUGGAGCAGCAUUUGGCAAGGAGCAGCCACCUCCAGGUGAACACUACUCAGCCAGCCAGGACCCUGAUGCUCUGCUGGAGCCCCUAUGCCCUCCUGUACCUCUACGCAGCCAUCGCCGAUGCAAGCUCCCUCUCCCCCAGGCUGCAGAUGGUGCCUGCCCUCAUUGCCAAAACAGUGCCCACAAUCAACGCCAUCAACUAUGCCCUGGGCAGCGAAAUGGGCAGCAAGGGCCCCUGGCAGUGCCUCUUGCCACAGAGGAGCAAGUGGGACCGAGCACAGUGAGCCCCCUAGAGCUGCUCCUCCCCCAUGGAGCCGCAGCAGGAGGCUGCCUGACAGCCCAGAAGCCAAGCCCCAGACCUCGUCCCCCAGCUCCAGUUGAGCCUGGCCCAAGGCUGGGCACAGGGAUUGAGACACACGCGCAGCUGUGUGAAAGGAGGCUCAGAGACCAUGCGAAGGCCACUCUCCACCCCAAGCUAGCUGAAUCCUAAGAUAUUAACAUGGACUUUCAGACUCCAACAAGAGAACAUGUUCACACCAAGCACCUAGGAAAUGCUCCUGAAAACCAAGCUUUUGGUCUGAAACCUGGGCCAUGCACUCCAGGGACCCAGAGUCUUACACAGAGAGGAGGAAAUGCCCUAGGGUUCACUCGUGGGAGUGUGAUCCCAGCCGCCAGCACUCCGAACGCUGCUUAUUAAAUCAUGAUCUGGCACCAGGGACUUAACUCUCUGGCCCUUCAUCAGUGCCCUGGCCUGUGAGAUGAGGUGACAGUAUCAUGACUUGACCAGAGCAGGACCAGCAUGUUAUGUGCUCUGUGAGGGUCAGAUGCCAUCACCCAUCAGUCAAAUCCACCUUCUGCUUGUGUGGGCUGGGCCUACACAUUGCUGAGAAAUGUUUUGGGAUCAGUUGCCAAGCCUUGAAAUCACAAUUUAUUUAAAACUUCAGAUGUCAGAAGAUGAGGCCCUGCCAGGCUGUCUUCCUCCACGGUGACAGUGUGCAGAGUUCACGGUGGCUCUGUCUUCCUGUGCCGUCUGCAGAGCCCGAGGCCUCUGGGGUUGACACUAAUGCAGGGGCAGCCACCCCUGGACCCACUCAGGCAGUACUCAGGGAUGAGGUGUGGCAGGUGCAGAGACCCCCUGCCCGGAGGAAAUGGGAAGGACAGCCAGGGUAUCGAAGGCCCAAGCCCCCUGCGGGUGUGAAGGAAGACAGGGAGCUGAGAGCAGGAACAGGCAUUUUGGGGGCUGGGUGGGUGUGGGUGUGGCCGGACAAAGGAGGUCUAGGACUCCGAGGUCCCGGACCUGCCUCUAGGUCUGCAGAUACAGGAAAUUGGGGCACAGGUGAAUAACUCCCAGGAUGCCCUUCGGCAGGCAGCAUCACGGUCAGCCCUGGAAUGCAGGCAAGUGGGGCUCACACGGGCUGCACAGUGGCCAGGAAAGGCUCUGCGCUACCUUUAUGGACAAACAAGCAAGCUGUCUCCAAAGGAAAGGACUGCCCCCUCCACGGACUUCCAGGAGACAGUUUCCUGGGGAGGGAGGAACGGGGCUGGUGUCUAACCAUUAAGAAAGUAAUAUCAAUUAGAUAGAGUC